AUGAAUGAAAGGGGCGGGGCCAGGGACAGUCGGGCUGAGGAGGAAAUGUGCGGUGACAUCAGAGGAAGCCAUUUCAGGAGAGGAGUUGGUACACCUGUGCAAGACUGGAGGGGAGGAGCCAAUACACCUGUGCAAGACUGAAGGGGAGGAGCCGGUACACCUGUGCAAGACUGAAGGUGAGGAGUUUAUACACCUGUGCAAGACUGGAGGGGAGGAGUUUAUACACCUGUGCAAGACUGAAGGGGAGGAGCCGGUACACCUGUGCAAGACUGAAGGGGAGGAGCCAGUACACCUGUGCAAGACUGGAGGGGAGGAGCCGAUACACCUGUGCAAGACUGAAGGGGAGGAGCCGGUACACCUGUGCAAGACUGGAGGGGAGGAGUUUAUACACCUGCGCAAGACUGAAGGGGAGGAGCCGGUACACCUGUGCAAGACUGAAGGGGAGGAGCCAGUACACCUGUGCAAGACGGGAGGGGAGGAGUUUAUACACCUGUGCAAGACUGAAGGGGAGGAGCUGGUACACCUGUGCAAGACUGAAGGGGAGGAGCCGGUACACCUGUGCAAGACU